UCCAGAAACAGUAAUGUCGGAAAAAAUGACAAAAAACAUGUAUACAAAUUAGCAGGCGUGUUUCAUGUUGUUUUGGUGGCAAAGUUUGUUAAUUAAGUUGUCUAAAAUUCGGUUAUGUUUCUAUCAGUGAGUUCAACAAUUAAUUAAUAUGUCUCGGAAACCAUUAUCUGCGACAAGCGCAACGCUGAAAAGUGAUUCGAGAAAGCAAACCAGUCUGAUGGGUUUCAUAACGAAGAAGAAAUCCGAUGUUGGAAACAUCGCCGAAAUUGGAAGUUCAAACAGCUUCAAUAACAAAACGAUAGGCGAAGAAACCGCAUCAGACGAAGAAGCAAAACUUUGUUCUCCUAGUAUCUUCAAGCCAAAGUUUCCUAAAAAAAAGCAAUUGAAUACUGUGGAGAUUCUCUCUAGUGAUUCAGAAUCCUCUCCGGUGAAAGCACGUAGCAAACCUCGCAAAUUACAAGAUAACUUCAACUGUAUCGAAAGUAACCUUCCCACGGAAAUAUCAACAACUAAUGAACCAGAUGAAUACGAUCUGCUAGUUUCAAAAUACUGUUCUGAAGCGACAGUUGUCUCUCAGAUGUUAGAUCUGAAUUUGAAAAACGAUGCCCGCUAUCAAGAAGCCACGAAAAAACUAGAAGAAAAUCUAGCUAAAAUAAGUCCUAACAAAAACAUCAGUGUUGAUGGAAGUACUAAAAAGUCGACAAAGUUCGAAUAUAAAGUGCCACAAUCUGGAACUAUGCUUUUCGGUUUGAUAGAGCCUCUAAAGAAACCAAUUAAUCUCAACGAAACUCUUGCGGUUCAGGACGAUGAUGUGUUUGAAACGAAAAAACCGAGUAGUUCCACACCACUUGCAGCAUCGAACCAUGUGUUCAAGUUCAAAAAAAGAUCUGACGGAAUCAGUCUCAGUUUGACCCCGGUUCAUACUGCCAACAAACCCAAACCUGUGAUACCAAUUAAAAGUACUGACGCGCCAGACUCUCUUCCAACUUCAACCGUUUCGGAGACUAUGUUGGAUUUAAAGAAAGCGAAACCAACUGUUAAGUUUGAUCCCGGUUUAGACGGUUAUAUGGUUCAAGUAUUGAAUGAUCCUCGAUUCAAAUCAAAGGAACCAUGCGAAAUCGAAAUGGAGAAGAACUUCCAAUAUUUACAAGAAACUAACCGUGUGCUGCUAGAAAAAUUCUACGAUAUUUUCGCGCAAAUCCCGAUUGAUACGUUUAAGUCGGUAGAAGGCUUUCGGUCGGAUGCGUAUAGUAAACUGAAAUCUUUGAUAGAAAACACACGCGGCAAAAUUAAAGCUCUCGAAAACACCAGGAGCGUCAAGAAAUCCACACCUGCUACUGGAUCAAGAAAAAGUCAUUCGCAAAGCAGCAGAAUAGAUGAAUCUUUAAAUUUUGACCAAAUUUCGCGCCCUGUUAUUCCAUCUUAUACAAAACAGAAUAGCAAUGAACACGAUGACGACGAUUUUAUUGAUUGUACCUUACCCACGAACAAAAUGGACGAUACUCAAACAAAACCGAGUUCAUUUGUGUUCAAAAAACCAAUAUCCUCUACACUCAACACUCCCAAGAACAGUACGCUUACCGGCGCGAACAUUCAAAAUUACGCCCAAGAGGAAGACGACGACGAUAUUGAGAGCAUUAUGGAUAACAUCCGCGAGGCAGAGUUGAUCGAUAAAGGCCGUGCCAAUCAACAAAAUUUGAGUUCCAUAGACCUAGUUACACCGGAAAGCUCGUUCCGUCGACCGGAACCUCGGAUUACAUUUGAUCGCCAGGAAACCUCAUUGAAGAAUACGCAAUUCAUAGAAAAUGUAGAAACCCAAGUUGACGACGACGGUUGGCAGGUAUACGAUGCAUCUCAGUUCGAAGACCAUGCCACUCAGAACAUUAUAGAUGCUUCGGAAGGUUUCGAACCGGUCACUCUGUCUAACCGCAAGCAAUUGCUGAGUGAUGCUUCCUUAUGCAAACUGUUGGACGCGGUUGGUAGUGGAAGUCAGUUCCAAAGUACCAUUGGAAGACAGCAAUCGUCUCAAUCGUUAGGAAAUUUCCACUCGGGAGUUCGCAACGAUGGCGUAACGGGUGAAUUUGAUGGUAUGCAUUACUCUCACUCCGAACGGCUGCAGAUAGUGUUCAAAGAAACAUUCGGUCUCCGAUCGUUUCGUCCCAAUCAGCUGCAGGUCAUAAAUGCAACGCUACUGGGAAAUGAUUGCUUCGUGCUGAUGCCCACUGGAGGAGGAAAAUCGCUCUGCUAUCAACUUCCCGCCCUGAUGACAGAAGGCGUCACCAUCGUAGUGAGUCCGCUGAAAUCGUUGAUAUUGGAUCAAGUAAACAAGCUUAGUUCUCUUGAUAUUCCGGCCGCGCACUUGUCCGGAGAAGUUUCGUAUGCAGAACAGCAGAAAAUCUACACUGACUUGCAAAGCUCUCGGCCAAUACUGAAACUACUCUAUGUAACACCGGAAAAAAUUUCGUCCUCGGCUCGGUUUCAGAACAUUUUGACGGGUUUAUUCAGAAUGAAACAGCUGGGAAGGUUUGUUAUCGAUGAAGCACACUGCGUGUCUGCAUGGGGACAUGAUUUUCGGCCCGAUUAUAAGAAAUUGUCCCUACUGAGAGAACAGUUUCCUUCGGUACCCAUCAUGGCAUUGACUGCAACUGCCAACCCCCGCGUGCGGAUCGAUGUGCUGAAACAACUACAUUUAACCAACAAAACCCGAUGGUUUCUGUGUAGUUUCAAUCGACCGAACUUGAAAUACAUCGUUCGUCCGAAGCAAGGCGUGGCAACAAAAGCGGAAAUCAUGGAAUUAAUCAAAAAGAAAUUUCCUCGUGCUACGGGGAUCAUCUACUGCCUUUCGAAGAAGGAUUGCGAUCAGCUGUCAGCCGAACUGAGAAACGCAGGGAUCAAGGCGAAAAGUUACCAUGCCGGUUUGUCGGAUUCACAGCGAGAAUCAACACAAAAAGACUGGAUAACGGACAAAAUCAAGGUAGUUUGUGCUACUAUCGCUUUCGGAAUGGGUAUCGAUAAGCCGGAUGUUCGUUAUGUUAUCCACCACUCGAUGCCGAAAAGUAUCGAAGGGUACUACCAAGAGGCCGGAAGAGCAGGACGCGAUGGUGACAUUGCGACCUGCAUACUGUUUUAUAACUACUCGGAUAUGCUUCGUUUCCGAAAAAUGAUGGAUCAUGAUAAUUCGAUACCCUACGAAGCUAAACAGGUGCAUCUGCACAACCUUUUCCGAAUGGUAAACUACUGUGAGAACGUGGCGGAUUGUCGUCGAACUCAACAGCUGGACUAUUUUGCGGAACAUUUCACCCGCCAGCAGUGUUUAGAAAAUCAAGCCACUGCCUGCGACAACUGUCUAAUGCAGGGAGAAUACAAAAGUGUCGAUGUUACGGACGAUUGUAUCGCAAUCGCCAAGAGCGUACGGGACCUCUGCACCGGACGAAACCGAUUCACUUUACUGCAUCUGGUUGAAGUGUUCAAAGGUAGUGAGCAAAAAAAAAUCAUCGACAACAAUCAUCAUCGAUCGCCGUAUCAUGGCCGGUUGAAGAGCUGGGAUCGUAGCGACAUUCAACGAUUGAUGCACAAACUAGUCAUUGAGGAUUAUCUGAAAGAGGACCUUAUAUUUAGCAAUGACAUUCCACAAGCGUACAUAAAGAUCGGUAGUAAAAUAGAAAAACUAAUGAAUCGGGAAGUGUGCGUCAAUUUCUCGGUGAAAGAAAAACUAUCGAGCAAACGAUCUCAACCAGUUGACGUUGGAAGUGAACCGAAACUCGACAGCCAAAGCAACGCACAACUCAAAGAAUUACAGGAACGAUGCUACAACGACUUAUUGGAUAUUUGUCGGUCACUUGCGGCUCAGAAGAAUGUCACACUGGCUUCGGUUAUGAAUAUGCAAGCUCUUAAAGCUAUGUCUGUACGACUGCCAGAGACACAAGCAGAAAUGCUGUCACUUCCGCACGUAACGAAGGCAAACUUCGAAAAAUAUGGUCAACAAUUGUUGGAAAUUACUCAAAACUAUGCAGCUGAAAAAUUGUGCCUUAUGUUGGAUGCUGAUGUUGCUGGUAAUGCAGAAAAUGUUGACGGUGAUAGUGCUAGUGAUUCCAGUGGUGAUGGCACUGAUUGGGGACGCUUGGCUCGUGAAGCUUCUACGAAUAGUUCUGCCGGAAGUGGUAAACGUAGACGAAAUUGGGGAUCCGGAGGUAGAGGAGCGAAACGAUUCCGAAAAGGUCGAACAAAAUCUAAAACCCGUACACGUACUAAAACGACAACUAAUCGGGGAGGAGCAGUAACGAAACGUGGAAGUUCGAGAGCCACUGCAGGCAAUAGCCGGAACACUGGAGCAGGAACUUCGGGGUUUGGUUUAUUACCAUUGCCAGGAGCUCGGUAGCCAUUUUAACCGUAUGUUUUAAGUAUACUUGUUUUGCGUAAAU